ACUCUUGGCAUGCAGGACAAGGCUGCCGCUUCAGUCGUAAUUCAAUUCACAUGAGGCGAAGUGAUGGCAUUUGCUACCUGCCCAUCAGCAGACUGCUCGAGAUGACACAGAGGCCAGAUCACGGUCUGUUCAAUAUCGUUGACAGAGAUGGAUGCUAUCGUCGAGAACAAGGGCGUUCUGUUCCCAGAAGUCUUCGCUCAUCUUGCCGCUGUGGAAUCCGAGCCACAGACACAACUACUGGAUGAGGAUCUCUUAAAACGAGCAGAACGUUCUCUAGACCUGUCGACUCCUAAAGAGCUUCUAUGGCGACUCCUAGAAACCGGAGAAAGGCUGCUUCAAAUUCUGCAACAGGACCCUAGACCACUUACACGGCUUCUCGAACGCAAUGUAUCACUCCUGCCUUUUGACGAGUUGAAAGCCACAAUCUCUGCCGAGAAGCUCGAGGAAGGCCUCAAUUCUCCCUCCGCUCCUGUUCAACUUCUUUGUUUGGCAUAUCUACGCAAGGUUGCAGAAUCACCCAGCGGAGCGUCGUUUGUGGCGGCAAGCUCAAGUCUAGUGCAAUGCUUGAUCACAAUUUGGCUCUCGUCCGAAAGCACCGAGGUCGCGGAGAGGUCUUUAGAAAGCAUUGAGGCUUUACUCGCUGUCGACAGCCAUGACAGCAUCACGGUGCUAGCUACAAAUGGUGGUCUAGGUGAAGCACAGGGUCAAGGGCUUUUAUGGCGGAGAGUGUUCACAGACCCCGACGUCUAUUCGAUACUGUUUGAUUGGACCUCACUUAGGAUCUCCAAGCGCGGCAUCAAAACCAAGCAGGGCUUGCACCUUGUCACGAUCUCGCAAGCAAGACUUUAUGAUUUUAUCGCGAGACUAGCACAUUACAACUGGGCUGCCAUAUCAACUUCCACUCUGCCUGCUGUUGAGACACGAUAUGUCCCGGAGAAUGACGACAGUCAACCUGUUGGAGGUUUAUUACUUUAUGCGGCUUCUCAUAUGAUUGACACAUCUGAUGUUCUUAUGAAGGCACUGAGACAGGAUUUCUUCAUGAGGCUUCUUGGGGCGCUCGAAGAGAACAACUGCCAGAAUGUACCGCCACAGCAACUCGAAGCAAUUCAACAGGAAGCUGGUGUUGACCCAACCAAACAUGCAGAAGAUGUUGGCAUGCAUUUGUGAUCUUCAGUUUCUUCUGGUCACCUUUGAGGCGACCAGAAAGGUCACAGUCAGCGAAGCCGCAAGCAGCCACUGGAGCUGGAGGUAAUGGAGCACAACACGGCCUUAAUGGCCUUGAGCUUCAUGUUCUCUUGAACUAGUUCUGACUGAUUGGCAGACUGGAUGAGACGGAAAUGCGAAAGGCCACGACCAAGCAACAUCCAGAUUCGUCAAAAACACCAUGAUUCUUGUCUAGCCCACCACUGCAGCCACCAAUACACCUUGAAGAUGCGAAUGUCAGCAAGGCACAUAAUGCAGA